AUGGCAGAGAUGUGUAACCCCAAGGAGCCGGAGGAGGAGACAUUUGGGGGCCAGAGAUUGGCUGAGAGACACCCUGGACUCCUACGCAGUUUGAGGAGCUCACCAGGGUGUCUGGCCCGGAACCCUCUGCUUCCCCUACUGCUCUUCAUCUCACUGGGUUUCUUCAUGCUGCAGCUGACCACCCUGGUUCAAGUUUCCAGGAUCCAAGUCCUGCAGAGAGAUUUGGGGGACCACCACGAGGAGAACAACAGCCUGGAUGAGGGGCUGGACGCCGGGUUCCAGAGUCAGAGAGGGGAUGGGGCUCCGAGGGAGCAUGACCUUGGACCAGCCAUCACCACCAGGGUUGAUGUUGCACAGGGACAGAUGCAAUCAAACCUGGAGGAGAUCCUGCAGCACCUGACCUGGAUGAAUGCCACCCUGGCUGGCCUGUGCCGUCCCUGUCCUUGGAACUGGGGACUCUUCCAGGGAAGCUGCUACUUAUUCUCCUGGACCCAGAGUGACUGGAAAUCUGCUGUCUCUGCUUGUCAGGACAUUGGGGCCCAGCUGGUGAUCAUCAAGAGUCCUGAGGAGCAGAAAUUCCUGAAGAUUUGGUAUGUCAGAUAUAAUAAACCCACCUGGAUUGGCCUCAGUGACCACCACAAUGAGGGUUCCUGGAAAUGGGUGGACAACAGCCCCCUCCAACUCAGCUUCUGGAAAAAAGGGGAACCCAACAACCACGAAGAUGAGGACUGUGUGGAAUUGUACAACGAUGGCUGGAAUGAUGGCAAAUGUAGCACACAAAACUCCUGGAUCUGUGAGAAGCCCUCGGCUCCCUGCCCAGCCCUCUGA